AUUCUCUUAUGGUUUGAGAUCAAUUGCGCGAUUUUUUCAUUCAUUCCUUUUCCUUCUCUUCCUUAUCUUUUUACAUGCCUGGAGCCAUUCAUUGCCAUGAGUCGCUACUCCCUAGUCCGUUGGCCACGUCUUGUCACUGCAACACAAUAGCCGUUCCUAGCAAAUUACUGCAGAUCAUCCUUGCGCUGGCAAAUACUAUGCAGGAAACAUAUGAAGAAGAGAUCGACAUCCAUUGUGUAAUACAACACCAUGCAUCUCUAUUGUUCAAAAUAGUCAUGAACCAGAAACUUCUCGAGUGCUGGAAACUGGACUUGACCCACUUAUCCUACAAGGACUUGGAACUUAACGCUAUUCAAGCACGAAUCCACGUCUACCGUUCUAAACUACCCAACAGACCAUUGUCAGUUAAAUCAAUACGUAUCCAUCAAGAAAUAUGUGAAAGCUAUUUAGAAUUCGGCCAUGAUGCCCUCACUGUCAAAACGCUCGCUACAGCAAAUCCCUCAGACCAUGGGAGUUUUAGUCUGACUGUGGAGAGCCUAGACAACGUUACACGGCCCGUGCGACUCAUCAGUGAAUUCCCAAUCAAGACCAACCAUUUUCAAGAACGGGCCACCAAACCACAGAACGUGCCACGAGUAGUUGCCAGGCGGCGCCUUUCUUGCUUGUCGCUUUCGGCUAUUCACGAUGAAGAUUCUCCCAACAAUCACGAAGACCAUUUUCGCACCACCGUGACAGGAAAUAAGCAGUUGCAAUAUACCAUCGCCAACCCCGCCGCUGCCUUAUCUUCAUCACCUCCCUCUGACAUAGGGGCCAUUGAUAUUCCCUCGACCAGAAUGGUACGACGCAAAAGUACCGUGGAACAUUUCGUCGGCAGUUUUGAAGAAAAUUUACUGAACAAUCGGAUGUCCACCACGCCGGCGGCUACCAUCCAAUUUCACGCCACGAUUUGUGCAGUGGCAAGAGGAUCGGUCAAGAAAAGAGAAAAUUUUCGACCGUCAGGACCUCAGUCGGUUGAUUUCGAGGCUCACAUGUACGAGUGGGACGGUAAACCGUUGCCGUACGCUGGAACCAUCGACCUUGGGUUUAUGCAUUCUCAAUAUCGCAUUCCUCCAAAAGGUCAGCUUCAAGUGAUGAUUACGCAAGGUGAUCGUGGCAUGGUCAAGGCAUUUAUUGUUUCGUACGAUUUACGAGAUAUGCCAGCCAACCACUCAACGUUUGUCAGACGACAGGAGUAUGUAACAACACGGGAGAGUGGAACGAAAACUCUCAAAUACGCCAUCCAUAUACCAAUUAAAACCUCCAAGCACAGACAGCUUUAUCUCCAGGGACCCAUUCGCGUCGUGUUCUGCAACUACGCGAACAAUGCGGACGACCAUGUGGAAGUCAAAAUGGAAUAUCCUAGUGUAUCUUGUAAAUAUUUACCCAUAGAAAAUGUGACGUCUUCUUCUAUCUGAUUCAAUGGAUGGAAGCACGUCGAUAGAUAAUAAAUGGAAGUGUACAGUCGGUAUCGACCGCCGUAAAUCUAAA